AUGACUCACCUGCGGACCAGUAACCUUCGCUACCGUGCUGCUCUCAAGCCAGAGUUUCUGGCUAAGAAACCUCCCCCGAUGUACAAUGCACUCUACUUCCUUGUAUCCUAUCUCCCUGUCUCCCUUCACCCCAUCCAAGACCAUUUCCUUUCUCUCGACCCUAGCGAGCUCACCCUAGCCUCGUUUGAGUCACUGCUCUUGGAGGCUAAGACCAGUGCCUACGCUGUAGCUGCUUCCCGUGGUACUCCUCGCACCUCCUUCUUUGAGGGGUGUGCUCCUUCCCUACUUGCACCCUCUGUCGCCCCUGCUGCUACUGUUGACUUCCUCGGUGCUGAGGUAGCCGGUGCUGCGUCCGCUCUUAGCGGGAGGCGCAACAAGGGUGGGCGCCAGAAGGGCAAGGGUUGUGGGGGUGGCGGCGGGGAUGGCGGUGGCAGGGGCGGUGGUGGUGGCGGUAGUAAGGGCGGUGGAGGUGGUGGUGGCCGGGGUGGUGGGGGGGCGGGGGUGGGGGUGGGGGUGGCGGGGGCGGUGGCGGCACUUUGGGUGGCGGAGGCGGCUUGGGUAGCAGUCGUGGUGGAGCCAGCUGGGGUGGAGGUCAGGGAGUUGCGUCUGGAUACACGGCUAGUGGGGGCGGAGGUUUUGGGGGUGGACAGCAGCAGCAGUCGCGUCGGUAGGAGACCCUCUCGCCGCAGCAGCUACGUGAGUGGGUGGUCCAACGAGGUGGUCUCGGAAGAGGAGGCCGCUGUACCUACGCUUCUAGUCUCGUAUGAGUCUGCUAGCACAAGUGCUGCCGAGGCUUUGCUCAUCUUCACGCUAGACUCGAGCGUGUCUCGUUGCUUUUUCCGCGACUGCACCACAGUCACACCACUCACCACUCCUGUCCCUGACACUUUGGCCGGCACCUCCUCUGGCCCAGUCGUUGCACGAGGUACCAUUGCUCUCCCCUAUCCGGCAGUCCCCUCCGGUUCCCUCACAGGUUUCCACUUCCCCCCGUUCGCUACGAACUUGGUGACUCAAGCUGUCCUCCAGGAUCGGUUUGUCACUACAACCACUCCUGAGGGAGAGCUUGUGGCGAUCUUCUCCCAAUUCUCCGUCUGCACUCUGACUGUAGAGGGUGACCCUGCUGCUGAUGACACUACGGCCUUUCGCCGCUCCCCACGCUUGGAGACCCUUCCUGGAUUUCCGCCUCGGCCGUCUUCGCCGCCCCUGCUGCCUGUCGCCGUGGACUCCGGUGCUACUGGAGGUAGUGGCGCUGGAGGUGAGGGCUCUGAGGGUGCUGACGCUGGUGGUACUGAUUCUGGGGGUGCUGAACGUGGGGGUGCUGAGCCUGGGGGUGCCGAGCAUGGGGGUGCUGCACCUGGGGGCGCUGGAGGUACUAGAGCAGGAGGUGCUGAGGAUGCUGGUGCUAGAGGUACUGGAGCUGGAAGCACACGACCUGGAGAUACAGGAGCUGGAGGUGCUGGGGAUUCUGGUACUAGAGGUACUGGGGUUGGGACAGCUGGUGCUGGAGGUGCUGGAGGUGCUGGAGCUGCUGGAGGCACUGGAGCUGCUGGUGGUGCUGGAGGUACUGGAGCCGGGGCUAUUAGAGGUUCUACUGCUGGGAGUGCUACGCAGAUAUGCAGCGGCGACCGUUCUUCUGGCCUUACUCCUCCCCUACUCUGCCCUCCGCCUGACGAGUCACAGCCACUGUUACAGCCUGACUCAACACUGCCUGCUCCUUCUCCUUACACUGAGCUGACAGACUCUCUGACAGAGCGUCGUGUGCCUGCGUCACGUCCUGCCUCCCCUGUUCGCACUGUUCGUCGUGCUCGUCGUGUUCGUCCUCCGCCUGUUCCUGGCACACACACUAUGGUACUUCGUCCUUCCUCUGUUCCACAGCGUGUUGCCCAGCCAUCUUCCCCAGCGUCCUCACUUCCCGACGUUCCUGACCCUGAGUCGAACCUAGUUCGUGCUGCUAGUUCUAGUGUCACGCGUGUUCUAGCCACACUUGCCACUGACCCUGCUUUUGAGUCUGCUGCUGCGUCUGCCUUAGUCACUGAGCUCGUAAAUUUUGCUGCUUCGUGUCAUCUAGACUACGUCACUUGUCUUGUUACCGAGUCUGAGUCUGACUGUCCUCCGUCCGUCGGGGGUGAGUGUGCCCUUGGCACGGACGUCCUUGAGGACAAGCAGUGUGGGCUCGAGUAUCUUGCCGCUGCUGUAGCUCAUCUCGCUGCCAUGCUACUUGCCCCUGAGGGAGACCCGGAUGCACUAGACAUCCCGACCCCGCGCUCUUACGCAGAGGCAAUUACGGGUCCUUACUUCUCUCAGUGGCAGACAGCCAUGGACGCAGAGAUGGCAUCCUAG